AUGGCGAUGUCAGCUGCCAUGGAGCGUCUACAAGAAUGGAGUGCAGCACAGGAGGCUCGCGGACAGCAAAACAGAAACAACCAGCGAGAUGAGAAGAAUAUUAGAUGGCAAGCCCCACCUCUGAAUUUUAUUAAAAUAAAUUUCGAUGCGGGCUGGUCUGGCAGUGGUGGUUCAGGUUUUGGGUUGAUUGCACGUUCUGAUACAGCUGAGGCUUUAUUGGCAGCUUCUCAUUUUCAUCAUUCAUGUCUUGACCCGCUAGUAGCUGAAGCUAUGGCCUUGCGUUGGUGCUUAUCAAUGGCAAGAGACUUGGACAUGGAUCAUGUGGUCUUUGAAGGUGACUCAGAAACCAUCAUCAGAGCCAUGAAGUCUGCAGCAUGCCCACCUGAGAUAGACAGUAUAAUUUAUGACUGUAAGCUUUUAGCAAGCUCUUUCCAAGUUAUAGAUAUAGUGCAUGCUAGGCGUAAUGCGAACAAUGUAGCCCACAUUUUAGCUUCCUUAGCGCUUUAUUGUUUGAAAAAGAUUCUUAUAGGUAUGGGUCAGUUGCAGUAUUUGAGUUCCUUUAUUAUAGGCAAGCAUGAAGAGAAGAAAAUCAAAGAAUUGGGAAAACUUCCAAAACGUCAUGGAUCACAUGAGAUUAUAAAAUUGGAGAGUUUUACCAGAAAUAAUGAAGCACUGGAGGCAAGGCUAAUGGAUAAGAAGUAUCUCGACCACCUAGACUUGAGUUGUCAUUUGGAGCAGAUGACACUGGUUCCAUAA